ACCCGCUGCGGGCGCUGACUUCAACCCGCGAAGAAGAACAGUAGGUGACGUCAUCAGACAACAGAGCGCGUCAGACAUGGCUACAGGAGUGGACCAGGCUGUCGGCUCGAGUCUGGUGCUCUUCAGCCUCCUGCUGUUCACCUACUACUCCGUCUGGGUCAUCAUCCUGCCUUUCGUGGAGGGGGAUCAUGUUUUGCACAAGUAUUUCCUUCCUCGGGAGUAUUCGGUCAUCCUGCCCGGGAUCGCAGCUGUUAUACUGCUCCUCUGUAUCGGUUCCUUCAUCGCACUAAUCAUGUGGAAAAAUCGAAAACCAAAGAAAGUGGACUAACCUGAGGACGUUUGAGACGGUUGAAGAUUUAAAUACCUGAAAUCAGCGUCUAUGGAGGCCCCGCCCACAGAAGACCUCCUCCAUCCUCGACGGUGAUGAGCGACACACAACAUGAAGACCACGUUGAUGCUCACAAAGUCAGAUUUGUUGUAGAGGGAUUUAUUUUAUAUUUUCACUUUAGAGUUGAUGAGUCGGGAUCAGCUUCUGUCUUUUGAAGCCAGUUUAGUUGUUGAUGCUGCCCCCUGCUGGUUCAAGUGAGACUUAUUAUUUCUUAAAGAUACAAUAAGGAACGUAAAGAUACCAGCGUGAAAUCAGCGCGGCUCUGAAUUGUGUAAAUACUGUGACAUAUUGUAAAGGAGGCAGAUUUUUAUUGUGUGUAAACGUGAAGACUGGAACGUUCUCAAUAAAAUGUUUAUGCUGGA